AUGGGACCAGCUCGCGAUGAGAAGCGGCGUUUCGACGAGCUGGAACUAGCAACCUUUAUACCUCAAGAUAUUUGUGAUGCUCAGUUGGAUCGGCUACUUUAUCAGGUUUACUUAAUUUUGAAGAUUAACGAACGGAACUUAACUGGCGGUCAUGCCACACUUUUAAAGCUCAUCCAGGAAAGAUAUUCGGACCUCACGGUGAAGAAGGGGAUUUUAUAUGGCUGUCGUGGAGACGAUCCGUUUAAGGAAUACGACUCGGACCAGUUCGACAAUAUAUACGUGGAUAAUGACUCGCCAGUGAAGAAAAAAGAAGUAGGAUUGGAUUGUUGAAUUUUCUUUACCCUAUGAACAAAAUUUUUUUUACUUUAUUCUUGUAGGAGCCGUUUCAAGGCGUUCCGGUUUCCCGAAUUUUAUCGGAAGCGUUUCCAACACCUUCGCGAAUCCCUAAACCGUCAUCAAUUUCACCUGGUUCAAACUCAUCAAGCCCAAAGUCCAGACGGUCCAAUUCGAAUUCAAAGUGUAGCUUGGCUUUUUCAUUAUUUUCGCCCUUAAAAGUGCCACUAGACAUCAGUUCGACAGAGAUCUUUUCUACAUGUGCGGAAAACACGCAGGAAAGAGGGCUUGGAAUUGUAGCGGAAAUUAAAACCGACGAAAUUCCUUUCCAACCGCGGCCAUGUCGUUCGAAAGUGGACUGUUUGACACCGAAAGUACCUCUGAUUCAUGUGCGAACCUACGAAGAAGCCAUGAGCCCCGCGGUGAGAAAUCUGUGUUUGGAGAACUCAAUCGCGAUGGUUAGGGGAUUACCGAACGUUCUCGGGAUUGACAACGCUGCCUUCUCUACAAAGACUAUCCUAAAACUCGCCGCAACCGAUGAGUUGGAGCUCCGAGAGCAAUGGUUUAUGCCAACACGUACCAAUGUGGACAGCGAAGGUUCGCAAACAUGGCGAUUUCAUUCAUUCAAAUGCCGGAGUGAUGUGAAGACGUACGCUGAAUACCAAGGGCUUUCCUUUGAAAGUAUUGUUUUUGAGGCUACCCAAUUCCUCCUGGAUCACAGGGAAAAACAAAUUAAAAGUGAGGUGAAUUCCGACGAGGAUUCGGACGAUAGCGGAAUUAAGAGGAAAAAGAAGAAACUCGCUAACAACGGGAGGAAGGCGAAUGCUGUUCUCCGGGAUAAGAUCUAUUUCGGAACCAACGUGGACUUUAGUUCGCCAAAGUUCCACCGGCAGGUCGGGGUAAGUACGGGUUGUGUUUGUUGAUAAUAAUCAUCGUUCAUUGCAGCAAAGCAUUACAUAAUGCCCCUAAUUUCCAGGAGCUUCAAAAACUGCCAUCAUUCUGCCGCCUGAAAGACAAGACCAACUUCUUAUCCCAUUUGGGUUAUGACCUCCGAGGAAUGAACACAGCUCAGUUUUACAUGAAAAUGCCAGGUUGUCGGACACCAGCUCAUCUGGAGAACAACAGUUUUUGUAGUGUGAAUUUAAAUGCUGGCCCAGGAGAUUGCGAGUGGUUUGGGGUUUCGUACGAAUACUUCCCAAUGAUUGAUGCCAUGUGCAAAGAGUAAGUUUAAACAAAAAAAUACGGUGGGCACACAGCUAGAGCGCACUCAUAGUUGUCUUGGCUUUUCAGAAGAAAAAUCGAAUUCCUCGACAGUUCUUGGUGGCCGGAUUUUGAUGACUUAAUGGCAGCUGGCAUCCCCGUUUACCGAUUUACCCAAAAGCCAGGAGAUAUUGUCUGGGUGAACGGAGGUUGCGUUCAUUGGGUUGAAUCCAUUGGAUGGUGUAAUAACGUUGCUUGGAAUGUUGGUCCUCAAUCCGUAUUCCAGUACAAAAUGAAUCUAAUCGCGGCCGAAUGGAAUAGGAUCCACAAAUACCCUUCGUUGGUGCCCAUGCAAUACCUCAGUUGGCAGAUUGCGCGUCGUAUGAAAAUUGACGACCCCGAACUGUACGAUCUCAUCCGCGGAACACUGAUACGAUCGUUGGCCUACUGCCGGAGUGUGAUGGAUUAUGUGGACUCCAGGGACGACCUUUAUCUCUAUGUGUUGGAGGAAGGAACCGAGAACACCACUUCAUACUGCAGUAAAUGCACUUCCGAAGUCUUCAACAUCCUCUUUACGAAGGCCUUUGUGGAAGAAGAGACAGGCCGUCAGUUAUACGAUACUUUGUGUUGUAAAUGCGCUAAAUUGGAUAAUGAUCCAAAGCUGGAAGUGUGGCAAGCCUAUACACUCGAAAGUCUCGCAAAAACCUUAGAUGAGUUCAAAUUGUCUACUUAA